UUGAUCCUCUUGCUCUCUUGACACGCUUUGGCAACUCAGACAAUAUGUGGAAGCUAGCCGUGUUCCCCCUCUUGGCGAGUGUGAUCCUGCAGCAGGCAGCAGCGCAGGGCGGAGCAGAGAGCUUAGCUUUCCCAGGGUUCCUGCCGAGCGAAUAUGUUAAAGCACGGAAACCUGUAGGUGAUGACCGUCCCAACGACGUGUAUGAGCACCUAAGUGUACGUAGGCCGAAGUUGGCAUCUGAUGAAGUGGUCAUCUACCCUCAUCAUUUCGGCUUCGAGUACGGCCAGGACCCCGAGCACAGCAUUUACGAAGUGCAUAACGCUAAAGAACUCGUCGCAGAGCACAGCAAGAAGCACUCUAAACACGACAAGCAUGGCAAACAAGGCAAGCAAAUCCAUCAACACGACCACGACCACCAUCACCACCACCACGAAGAGGAAAACAAUCUCGUGGAGGUGGCCCAGCCACCUCGUGGUCCCCCACAGUCAGGGUAUGGAGCACCUCCUUCUCCCCAGCAGCAGCAAUUCAGGCCCCGACCUGCCUUCCCUCCUCAGAUCAAGAAUCACUUCGGUUGAUUUGUUUUCCUCUUUCAGCACUUCACCGCCUUAAUGAACUAUCAAUGCUAGAACGAACUCAAUUGGUGUAAAUUCUACAAGAUGUUCAAGAAGCGGUGUUGGGUUGAACGGCGUUUGCACCUGACCAGUUCAUGUAGGGCAUCUUCUAACAAAACUGCACCGACGAUUUUGAUAUCAGAUCAGUUUCAUCACUAUUUUGGUCAAAAUUGUUUGUGCAACUUGUUGGUGGUUGUCAAUUUGAGUUCUGGUGUAAACGUGACUUGAUUUUACGAUCUGUAAAGUUCGGUGUUGGUCUGAGUAGUAGAUUGAAGCGCGUUACAAACGAUAAGUCGGCUUAAAUCCUGUAGCUUGAAGCUAAUAUAUGGGCUCGAGUGUUCAAUGUAGAGCUUCACAGAGUCAGGAACUGAGUUUAACUCUUUGCCGGAUAUCUUCGAUGCGGUCAAACGAAUCCUCAGAUUAAAGUCAUCAGGUUCUGUAACAGUAUGGUCACGAUUUCUCGAGCACGAGAAAGUGUUGCAGCUUGGACGCAGGCGAACACAAUUUCGAUGCAGAGAUUUCUAACGAUUUAACAAGGAUCACUGAUGACAAACAUGGACAUUAAAUAGGCAUUAUUCGGGUAACAUUUGCUCGAUUGUUGCGACUGGACUCUGUUAUUGUAUUUUUGAUGGGCAUUUGCUUGUGAUAUUACGUUAUUUAUUUUGUGUAUUUCGCAUAUAUUUAUAUGAUACAAGAAAAUAAUAAACCAUUCCAAAAAAAGACCGUGCGAACUAGUGUCGCUAGUAGCUGUGGCGAGUCAUUACUUGAUUCACAUAAUAAACCUGAGUGAAAC